AUGGCCCUCUUCUUCCCGUCGUGCUUCUGUUAUAGCGACGACCAGGCCGACAGCGACUCGGAGGCGGUCCUGACGGCCGAGCUGCUCGAGCCCCUCGACGAGGCGCGGGCCAUGGGCGGCCGCGUGGCGCGCAAGAAGCUGAGCCUGCGCGCGGCGGCGCCGCCGCCCGCCGCCGCCGACUUCCUCGCGGCGGCGCUGCCGAACGACGGCGGCGGCGACUCCGGCGACGACGAGGCGCACCAGGACCUGUCCGCGCAGUCGCUCGAGAGCGUGCCGGGCUACGCCGUGGCCGAGAGCUGCCGCGUGCUCGACCUCAGCCGCAACCUGCUGGACGUCCUCGAGGCGACGAUCUUCGCGCGGCUGCGGUGCCUCGUCGAGCUCGACCUGUCGCGCAAUAAAAUUCGCGUCGUCCCGCCGGAGAUCGCCGCGUGCCGGGGCCUCUGCAAGCUGAACCUCCUGUCGAACUCGCUCUUCCCCGUCGCGCGCUCCCUCCCCGUCGACGCGCUGGCGACGCUGCCGCUCGUCGUCCUCGACGUGCGCUUCAACAAGAAGAUCAAGGCCGGCGCCGCGGCGGCCCUGCGCGAGGCGCUGCCGGGCUGCGACGUGCGCGCGACGACGGAGAAGCCGACGAAGGCGCCCCAGGCCUGCGACAUCGCCGACAGCUGCGCCGGCGCGCGCAACGCGAGCACGCUCCGGGCGCAGCUCGAGCCCUACAGCACGCCCCAGCUCACGCGGCGCCUCGAGGUGACGUUCGGCGCGGCGCUGCCCGCCGACGCCCGGGGCGACCGCGAGCGGGUCUUCGCGGCGCUGCUCGCGGCCUACGCGGCGACGGGCGUCGGCGACGGUUUGGGCGCGCGCGAGGUCGUCUACGCGGCGGGCGCGCCCGUGUCCGACGCCGUCGCGGACGCGUUGCUCGACGCGCUGCGGCGGACGGCGUGGACGUCGACGCGCGAGCGGCCCCGCGUCGACGCGGACCACUACCUCACGCUCCAGCGGCCGCGGACGAAGUACUACGACGCCGACGGCAACUACAACGCCGCGGGCCAGAAGGCGCAGAAGAACGCGGCGAAGCUCGCGAAGCAUCGCGCGGUCUGGGACUUGGCCGUCGCCGCGCUCGCCGAGGUCGACGCGGCCUACGCGGAGACGUUCACGUCGCUCGCGGUCACGCACGGCUUCCGCGGGAGCCCCCACAUCGACACGGAGAAUUUGGCGGCGUUCUACGGGUGCUCGCUCGGCGACUACUCGGCGGGCGGCGGCAUGAUCGCCGUAGAGUACGACGCGAGCACGGUGUGCUGGGUCGACACGCGGCGCAGGUUCGGCCGCGUCGACGGCCGCUUCCCCCACUGGGUCACGGACUACAGCGGCGAGCGCUACUCCCUCAUCUACUACCGCACGGAGGGCGACGCGGACCCGCUCCCCGACGUGCCCGUGGACGGCGCCUACCGCCUCGAGGGCGCGGCGUAA